AUGACUUUGAAGGAUGCCUUAUUUCGCAUGAUUCUGGCCUCAUCUGCCUCAUACAGAGGGCAUCAGAUACCCUUUUUGGAGCAUUGGAUCAGUAAUGAGAAGUACGACGAGGCUAUUCAGAAAGGGAAAGUGCGCAAAGCUUCCCUGAUUGCCAUUGGAGAAGAGGAUGAAGAAGAUGGUCUGGAGGAUCUUGCUCUUCUAGAAAAGGAUUGGCCAUUGUGA